UUCCUCUACAUGCAGGUUAGUCGUAAAUACUUUGUGCAGGGAUGGGUUUCACGUUGGGUUAUGAGAGGAUAAAAUCAAGGCACAUUUUGCAAGAUCUAAAUUGGUGAAGCAGGACACUACCCAAGUGGUGACUUCAAUAUGGAGACAAAGCACAGGAGGGGAUCAAGGCUAGGCCAGUCAACACCCAGCUUUAUUGACUUGACCUGUGACAUUGACUCUGACAGCUCUGAAGAUGAUGUCCUUUUUGUUGGGGAGGAACUACCUGUUGUUCAAACUCCAACAGGGGCCGUGGAGAUGCUGGCAGACCAGCCAGACCCACAACAGAUCACAGCCGCGCCGGCCGCCACCACCGACCACUCGCGCAACGUGGCCGAAGCCGAACUGGAGCGCGACAUCUGCGCCUUUGCCGUCGAGCCGGACGAGCUGCAAGUGCACGUGAGCACGCAGGGCGCUCGGGCGCUGCGGCCCAGCGUGUCGCGGCGCCUGCGCCAACUACGGCGCACCUAUGACGAGCUGGCGGCGCGCGUGGCCGCGCUGCCGGGCGGCCGCCGACGCCGCUUUCAGUCGCUGCUGCGGCCGAUCUGCGCCGACCUGGACGCCGUGUACGUUAUGCAAGUGGUGGCGCAAGACGAGGGCAACGCGCUCGCGGCCGCCACGCCGCACUAG